UCUCAUAAGUCAUAAUAAUCAAGAAAGAACACACAAAAAUGACGAGAAUCAAUGCACACUUUGCUGCUGCUUCGUUUUGCUUCUUCUUAUUCUCUCUCCGAGCCAUGUCCCAACCUACUCAAAUGCGUAUGGAUUGCACCGAAUUCAACAACGUCACUCGAACUAGCCCUUAUCUUUCAAAUCGUGACACGGUCCUCUCCACUCUUCGCAACCGUUCCUCCCUCGGAAGCUAUUCAAACGCCACGGCCGGUCUUAGCCCAAACACAAUCUAUGGCAUGUUCCUUUGCAGAGGAGACCUAAACAGAACAUCUUGUUCAGAGUGUGUCAAUGCCACAACGUUAGAAAUCUAUGAAUCCUGCUUUUAUCGUAAAACAGCUUUGGUAAUCUCUAACGAGUGUAUAGUUCGGUACUCGAACACUUCUUUCUUCACGCUCGUAGAGGAUGUUCCUAAUACCGCUAGAUACUCUCCGGACAGUUCUUUGGAUUCUCCGCAAUUUUUCAAUCGAACACUUCCUGAAAAACUAGACGAACUUAUCCUCAGAGCAUCCUUGUCUUCGUCGUUACCAGUUCCAUAUUUUGUGGAGGAUAGAGAACAUGUGACUCAGUUGGAAGGUUCGUAUGAUUUACAUGCAAUGGUCCAGUGUAGUCCUGAUCUUGAUCCAAGAAACUGCACCGUCUGCUUGAACCUUGCGGUCCAAAGACUCUCGGAGUGUUGCAGCCAUGCUCUGUUUGUUCGGAUCUUCUUUACUAAAUGUCUAAUCACGUACGAAAUCUCCGCUUUGCAACCGAACAUAACGAGUCUUGGCGUUACAGAAGGAAAUGGAAUAUUUGGGGGCACGUUUAUUGCAAUCAUGACAACUUUGGUGUUACCACUUAUGGUUUUAUGAUCAAAUGUAGUGAUGAUUUAAGGAUAGUGACUACUGGUUUAUAUUGGUGUUCUCUUAAUUUGGUUGACGUGCCAUCUGUUGUGUUCUCGACUUCUAAUAAAAGUUAAAAAUAAAUAAACAUUUGUAUAUUUAUAUGUUAGGUUUCAACUUUCAGUGUUAUCGGUUGGUAAUAUAAUGUAUUCGUAUCAAAAUAAAUAAAGUAUAUUCAUUUCGAAUUUUUUA